CAGAAGGUCCGAGUGACACGAAGUGGCCUCAGAGACAGACGGGUGCCCGAGAACACACCAGUCCAGGGAAUUCGGAGAGGGUGCGGCAAUGUCAUGAGCCCACGAACAGGUUCCAGUCGGUGCUCUCGCCCGCGGCCCUCCUAAGUCACGGAAAUGCUCACGCAAAGCCGGAAAGGUGCUCGUGGAAAGGUGGGGGACACGAUCCCAUUCCCUCCCUGCUGGCUGAACAGAUUGUUGAUAAAUACACAAGAAGACAUCUAGACUGGCCUUAGACAGUGAGCUUUAGUGGAGCAGGCAGGCUUCCCUUUCUUGUGUGAAGGUGACAGAAGAGCCGAGUCUGUCAAGGGACCUCCCUAAGCACCUGGAGGAGAAGGCCUCUGCUCUCCCACUCCCCACCCAGCCCAGCCUCCUGCAGCCGUGGCCAUGCUCCACUUUGCUCUACGUGCUCCGCAGCGGCUGCUGAAGGAAGGGAGACAGUCCCGGAAGCUGGUGCUGGUAGUGGUAUUUGUGGCCCUGCUCCUGGACAACAUGCUUCUCACCGUGGUGGUGCCCAUUGUGCCCACCUUCCUGUAUGCGACAGAGUUCAAAGACAUCAACUCUUCUAUAAGCUCCCAUCAAGCUCUCACCUCUCCUGCCUUCUCUACCAUAUUAUCCUUCUUUGACAACACCACCAUGACCGUAGAAGAGCAUGUACCCUUCCGUGUAGCAUGGACAAAUGGCACUCCUCCUCCUCCAGUCACUGAAGCUGGCCCAGGACCUAAAAACAACUGCUUGCAAGGGAUAGAGUUCUUGGAAGAAGAAAAUAUCCGGGUUGGGAUUCUUUUUGCUUCAAAGGCUUUAAUGCAACUUCUGGUCAACCCAUUUGUAGGACCUCUUACCAACAGGAUUGGCUAUCACAUCCCCAUGUUUGCUGGCUUUAUGAUCAUGUUUCUCUCCACACUAAUGUUUGCUUUCUCUGGCACCUACGCCCUACUGUUUGUAGCCCGAACCCUCCAAGGCAUUGGAUCUUCAUUUUCAUCUGUUGCAGGGCUUGGGAUGUUGGCCAGUGUCUACACUGACAACGACGAGAGAGGGAAAGCCAUGGGAAUUGCUUUGGGGGGCCUGGCGUUGGGGCUCCUGGUAGGAGCACCAUUCGGAAGUGUGAUGUAUGGAUUUGUGGGCAAGUCCUCACCAUUCCUCAUCUUGGCCUUCCUGGCACUUCUGGAUGGAGCUCUCCAGCUUUGCAUCCUGUGGCCUUCCAAAGUGUCUCCUGAGAGUGCCAUGGGGACUCCACUCCUGACACUUCUCCAAGACCCUUACAUCCUGGUCGCAGCAGGUUCCAUCUGUCUGGCCAACAUGGGCGUUGCCAUACUAGAGCCCACGCUGCCCAUCUGGAUGAUGCAGACCAUGUGUUCCCCUGAGUGGCAGCUAGGUCUGGCUUUCUUGCCUGCCAGUGUGGCCUACCUCAUUGGCACAAACCUUUUUGGUGUGUUGGCCAACAAAAUGGGUCGGUGGCUGUGUUCCCUUGUUGGAAUGGUGGCAGUAGGUGUGAGCUUGCUCUGUGUACCUCUGGCUCACAAUAUUUUUGGUCUCAUUGGCCCCAAUGCAGGCCUUGGCUUUGCCAUAGGCAUGGUGGAUUCCUCUUUGAUGCCCAUCAUGGGAUAUCUGGUGGACUUGCGCCACACCUCUGUGUAUGGGAGUGUCUACGCCAUUGCUGAUGUGGCUUUUUGCAUGGGUUUUGCUAUUGGUCCGUCUACUGGGGGUGCCGUGGUACAGGUCAUUGGCUUCCCUUGGCUCAUGGUCGUCAUUGGUGUCAUCAACAUCGUUUACGCCCCUCUCUGCUGCUUCCUGCAGAAUCCCCCAGCCAAGGAGGAGAGGCUUGCAAUUCUGAGCCAAGAAUGCCCCAUGGAGACCCAGAUGUAUGUAUCCCAGAAGCCCACAAAGGAGUUUCCACUAGGAGAGAACAGUGAUGAUCCUGGCAGUGAGGAGUAGCCACAGAGGGCGAUACCUUAGCCCAAUCCCAGGUGGCCCACUUUUUGUGAGAGGACAAUGCUACUUCCUGCCAGACCCAAACGAGGCUGGUUAAAGUUGAGUUGUGACAGGUUCUACAAGGCAUGACUCACUUCCUGCAGGCAGUACUGAACAUUGUGCCUGUGGAACCAGAGGAACAAACAGCCAGGCUUGCUUUGUUCUGUGAUUUUCUUUGACAUAUUCCCAACAGGUCAUGGGAUUUGAUCGCUGUCCUGUGAUGUUUUUUCCUUAUUUUAAUUUUUUUGCAGUUGAGCUUCAAUAUAUAGCUUUUUCCUUAUUAAAAAAAAUAUGUAUCUUUA